AUGCAAAGCGGGGGAACCAUUCGCGUUGUGGUUUCGCUCUCCCGAGGGGCGUUGCGGUUCUCACGUGUUCAGAUCCCCAUUGCGAUGCGGAUGUUUCCCGUACGGAGUCGAAUGAACCCCUUCCCGCUCUUCCACCCGAUCCUUUCCUCGGCAUCGCGGCGAGCGGUGGCGAUUCGUUCCUCCACCACCGAGGAGGGGCUCGAUCCCAAAGGCGAAACCCGCCUGGGGGAUUUCUUUUCACGCCCGUUGCCGGAGCGUCUCGCGGCGAUCACCGUCGCCCGCUUUAUGACCUCCUCCACCGCGGAAGCACAGACGGGAAACGAACCAAAAGGGGAAGCAACCGACGGCGAAGGCGGAGGCAUGGAGUCCCCGCCUCCGCCUCAAUCGAGUGGGAUGCCGUUGAGCCGUUUUCUCGAUCAAAUCCCCACGGCGACGCGGGAGGCGAUUCAGCAAUCCCGCCUCCCCGUCGUCGAGUGGAUUCAACGCACGACGCUGCUGGAAAUCCGCAAGACCGCGGCCGCCGCCGACGAGGCUGCGGCGCGCGAAGACGCGCGCGCGAAUUCCCCCAAAGAAGCGGCGCCUCCUUGCGAGCCGCUCGCCUCGGCAGUCGCCUCCGAAAGCGAUCCCGCGGGCCUGCGGGUGCGAACGCGUGGUGGCGAAAAAGCCGCCGUGGAGCUUCUCAGCCAGAUGGGAGAGUUGGAAACCUCGCCCGGGGGGGAUUCCCGUCGGGUGAUUUUCGCGCGGCUCGAUCGGUUUCUUCGCGCGGAAGGGGCCCGCACGGGGCGGCGGUAUUGCCUGCUCAACGACGCCUACCUCGGCGUCCUGCGAGCGGCCGCGGUGGCGAACGCCGUUUCCGCCCCGGCGUUACCCGACCCCGCACGGUCGCUUCGUUACGACGAUUUCGAGGCCCUCGUCUUGCGCGACGAAUCCUUUCGUGCGGGGUUUUGGGUGCAUCAGGAUCGUUUGAUAACCUGGCGAACCCCGGAGGAGCGCACCGCGCCGCGGUUCACCCCGUCGCGCGGCGAACCAUCCAAGGCGUGCGCGGAAAAUAACUACGCCGGGUGGGGGACCGCGUGCGGCGUCCCCACCCCGGAGGAUGUGGCGGAGAUUCUGAAAUACAUCCCGGUGAAUUGGGGGAAUAUGGGCAACCUCGGGAUCCCACCCGCGGUGAAAAAGUCGCGGAUCCGCGUCAGCAGCCCGUUGCAGUGGUUUCGCCGCCAACCGUACUACUUCGAGCUGCGGGAUAUGGCGGGAACGGUGGAGAUUCGCCGGAGUGUGGUUUUACACCCGGAGGCGCACGGGUUGACCCCCGAGGAGGCGCGAGCGCAGCUCGCGUUGGCGAUCGAAACGCGGCAGGCGAAUCGGCUGAUUCCCUUAGGCGCCGAUGGUCGUCCCUUGCCGGAGGCGAUGACGAGCGUCGAGAAGGCGAUUCGGAAGUUUUUUUUCCGCGUUUGCCCCCCCUACUUCGCCCCGCUUUCCUUGGUGAUGCAGCGCUACACCAAGAAGAAUCUCACGGAGGCGCACCUGCUGGAUAUGGCGAAACGGUUGUCGGAGGAUUUCCAGAUCCACAUCCCCCGCCACGCGGGCGUGCCGCUGGUGCGAAGACGCGUCGGGGUCGAUAGCGCUCGAUGGGAAAAGGACUUCGUGGAGGAUUUGGAGCGAUUCCCCGAGGAUGUUCCGGGGAUUCUGGCGAUCAUGAAUCGCCUCUGCCCGACGUGGGAUCGCCCGGAGUACGUCUACGUCCGGUUGAGUCCCACCGAGCAACAGAAAGUCGGGGGCUAUGACGGGAUGAUGCAGAUCCUCCAACGGCAUCCGGAGAUUUUUCGAGUGGGAAAACGAUUUGUCUGCCGGGUGGACUCCUCCGAUCCGUUAACGCGGACGGAGGAGGAGCCGGACGGGACGGAUAUGACCUCCCGCACCUACUUGCGGGUUGAAAAUCCGUACCUGUCGCCUUUGGAUAUCGCCAAGGUAUUCCAUUACGUCAUGCCACCCGAUAAUCCGUGUUCGUUGGCGCUUUUUGUCGAGUGCGCGAGUCCGGCGAUGCGCGUGGCGCUGCCACCUCGAAUCGUCACCAUCCUCCAGCAGUUCCCUCGGUUAUUUGCCUGCCGGGAGACGGCGCCCGGGGUGUAUUCCAUUCACAAGAUCAACGCCCCAACCUCCACCACCCCCCACCGCGAAAGCGAGCCCGCUAAACCCCACGAAAGUCUCCACGCCGGUGGUGUGGUCGGUCGGGAUCCUAAACAACCCGAGGAUCCCUUGACGAAGACUUCCGGGUGCGGUGGGGGAUGCGAGGGGGAUAGCUCGUGGCUUUUGGAAAGUGAGAUCGCAGCGGAGGCCAACCUAUCCCGGACGGAUGUCAUUCAAGCUGUAAAAGAUCUCAUUCCACAUAACGGCGUCGAAAGCGCGAAUCUGUUGUUUUGGGCCUCUUUGAGUGUUCAACGCGCCGCCAAUAACCACUAUGGCGGUCUCAUCAAGAUGGUGGAAUCCGAGAAGAAGCACUUUAGGGUGGUUGAUAGCGCCGAUUCUAAAAUGAUCUAUCGUGCGUAG